GCGUACUCUAGUCUCUCGCGACAUCCGACCAAGAGCGGACGCGGCCGCGCCAUUGCGUAUCAUUUCCCGCCUAAUUUUGACAGUUAUCUGUGAACGUCAAACGUACUUUUUUAAAAGUUAUAUUUAGAAAUUUAUUAAGCAAACAUGGCGACAACAACGGCAGAGGCGAAUAAAAAUGGAACGACACAAACAUUGAUGGAUAAAGCACCAUGGACCGACGAGCAAGGCAUAGCGAUGAAGGUGUACAACGGCAUCGCGUUGGCUCUGGAGAUCCUGGUGCUGUACAUCAAGAUGACGGCCACCUGGCUGCACUGCCUCUACCAGUUCUUCGUGCCGCCCGAGCCUAAGAGCGUCAGCGGGGAGAUUAUACUCAUAACAGGUGCAGGUCACGGCAUGGGUCGGGAGACAGCUCUCAGGUUCGGGCGACUGGGCGGAAUCAUAGUCUGUGUGGACAUUAACCCUACCGGCAACCAGGAGACUGUAGACCUCAUCAAAGAACAGAAGGGAAGGGCCCAUCGAUUUGAAUGUGACGUCACAGACAGAGAAGCGAUAAAUGCCUUGGCGGAGAAGAUCCGGCGCGAGGUGGGCGAGGUGACCAUGUUAGUGAACAACGCGGGCAUCAUGCCCUGCAAGCCGCUGCUGCAGACCUCUGAGAAGGAGAUCAGAACCUCUUUCGAAGUUAAUAUCAUCGCUCAUUUAUGGCUCCUCCAAGCGUUCCUCCCGUCAAUGAUGGAGCGCAACCACGGGCACAUAGUGGCCAUGUCGUCCAUGGCGGGCGUGGUGGGGCUGCGCAACCUGGUGCCCUACUGCGCCACCAAGUUCGCCGUGCGAGGGCUCAUGGAGGCACUGCAUGAGGAGCUCAGGGAGGACAAGCAGAAGGACUAUAGUGGGAUAAAAUUCACAGUGAUUUGCCCUUACAUCGUGGACACGGGGCUGUGCAAGAAUCCGAAGAUCAAGUUCCCCUCGCUGAUGAAGAUCCUGACUCCUCAGGAGGCAGCCGACAGCAUCGUGGACGCCGUCAGGAGGAAUUAUUACGAGAUCACCAUUCCUAGCUCGCUGUAUUAUAUUAAUAUGAUCUGCAGAGCUUUCCCGAGGUCGGUGCCAUUAUAUCUGAAGGACUUCUUAGAUUCAGGAUUGGAAGCCCAUUCUUAAUUCAAACAAUUUCUCAUUUUUGUGUCUUUGUCAAUGAUGUAUUACUGUCAAAAAUUCUGACAGAGAUUAGGCUCAAGUUUUGAGGACCAAAAAAGUAAGUAAUUAGAUAUUUUUUUUAAAUGUGGUAGGGCUACAAGAAAAAAGUAAUUCAAUUGAAAAUGAGUCCUAUACUUAUAUUAAAAAUGAUAUGAUAAAAAUGUAGGGUGAAUUAAAAUUCACUUAAAUAAUAAAAAUUAUUCAAAGGAUUUAAAGAUUCUAAUUUAAUAGGUUCGUUUAUCCAAAAUCUUAAUAGGUCGCCAAAGUGAAAAAAUAUGUAAGAAGCGAAAUUAAUUUGCGAUCCUAAUAUUUAAAAAUAUUAAAAAAUAAAAAUUAAAUGUACCUAACAUUUUUUUUUGUGGAAACCAACUUGAAUUUCUCGAAAUUGAAUCUGUAAUUCUUGUAAUGUGAUUUUUAGAAACAUCAAAUUUUUGAAACAUUGAUCAAAAACGAUCUUUUAUUUCAAAAUCGAAUAUCGUUUUCUAGUUGUUAUUAUUAUUUUAUAUUUUUGUCAACUUUAUUUUGCUCCCCUAAAGAACUAAAAGUAGUAGGUAUUGUUGUGAGUUAAAUAUUAAUUACUAGAGGGAGUAGGUUUUAGUGUGUAUAGUAUUUUUACAUGAUUUUAUACUAUUUGUAGUUUUUUGAGCAAUUUUACGAGUGCAAAAUUUAUUAAGUAUAUUUUAGAUUUAUUCACAUGUGUUUGAAUUACUGAUGCCGAAUAUCACACUUAGCGCCAUCAGUGACUCUCUCGGCGCAUUCUUUAUAUCCAUACGAAAGUAAAAGAGGUCGCCAGAAUGCGAAACGUCUUGUAGGUACUUCAAAGUUUGGCUUUGGCACAACUGAAAUUGCUCAUUAGACUGAAAUUCUGCUUAAUUUUAUAUUUAUGUAUAUAUUAAAGUUAGUUUAAUUAGAUUAGAAUUUGCAAAUUAAGUGAUAUGCAGUGCCUCAAUCUUACACGCGUGAAUUUAUUAUUAUUUUAAUAAUUCUUGCCUUUGAGUAAAAUAUCCUUAUCCACAUAUUUUUAUAUACUACAUAUACUAUUCCAUGAAUUAGUAUACAAUGUAAUAUAUCCUGUUAUACUGUAUAUAAAUUUAUAAAUAUUUUAUAUACGUACGUAUAAUAAGUAAUAUCGUGUUAUUAAAUGUUUCUCAUUAUUAUAGUUAAAGUAAUUUUGUGAAAGUAAUUUAUUUAAUAACGUACAAUAGAGCUAACAGUGUGUAACUUACAGGUUUAAAAUUAACUAAUGCCGUGGAAGUUUUUCUAGGCUAGUUAGUAUGUUAGUUUUGUAAUAGGUCCGAGUUAUACAGAACAUUACGAAAUGUGAUCAAUACUGAAUUUUUGAGUGCCAUCAUAAGUGAACUGCAGUGGAAUUAAAAACAUGAUAUUAUGUAUUUUGUCGUAUUUUUCUGCCGUCAUGGUUUGUUGACUUUGUCCUUGUAAUAAUAAUCUGUAAUUUUAAUAUAUUCAGAAGAAAUAUCUCUUGAUCCUUUGCUUAAAUAUCGUAUAUGUUUUAAGAGUAGCUUUCAUCUCAGCUUAAUAUGUUGUAUCUGUUCUGAGGCUUAAAAACACACAAUAUUGGCAUGUACUUUAUACGAAAAGUGCCUUCAUAAAAUACCUGCAAAUGUCUUCAUUUGCUAAGCCUUUAAAAUAGUUUUUUUUAUUUAUUAACAGUUUUUACACCUCGACAAUGUUAGCAACCAUAACGUUUUUAGAUUAUCAAUAUUAAUUUAGUACAGAGGCCGUAGCAUGACGUUAAAACAAUCAUUUUUCUACCGCAAUAGACAAUAUCUCAAAACACAAAAUAUUGCAACUUUUUGUGUAAGGAAGCUAAAUUGCAAUGUUUUGCGAGCAUUUUAUAUGUAAAUUUCUGUUAUAAUUUAAUGAGGCUCAUAAUUCUGAUGGUUUUUUUUUGCAAAUGAUAACGAUGCUAGAUAUACCUCUACCAUUUAAUAAAUUAGCCUUUGCAACCUUAUGAUACGGCCUCUGUAAAACGGCGAUUACACUACUUACAAAAUUUACAAAAAAGUGAAUAAUUUAUUAAAUCUCAAAUUAAUAAAGUUUCCUGUACAUACAAAACUUACGCCAAAGCUGUCGUCGAAGUAACGGACAUUCCAGCGACCUUAAACCAUUGUAAUAAUUCUAAUAUCGAUAGCAAAGGUCGCCGGACUCGAACCAUCAGGGCGCCAGACUGGGACCAUGGGGUCGCUAGACUGGGACUAUAAGGUCGCCAGACUGGGACGACAGGGGCGCUGAAUUAGAAGUGUAUACAGGGUUACUUGUACGUAGUGGGCAUCCUUUCAUGAGGUGAUAGUAUAGGUCAAUACGGACAAAUUUGACCAUGGGAUACACUGGGCAAAAGUUAACCCGUUUCAAGAUAAUCAAAUUUCAAGAUCUUUUCUAAAAGAGUCGUCUAGGUAUACGUAUAAAUUUUUAUUCUUAGUUAAAAGUCUCGUUUUCCUCACACCUCACAUUUCAGUUUAAUAAAUUGUAUAUUUAAUUUUGAAAGAAUUUUGCUAGUAGUGUAAAAAGGCCUUUAAUAUAUUUGUGUGAUAAUGUUUGUCAAUUAGUUUUAAGGUUGUGAUGCCGACUGUUCUGCUGUGUGAUAUUUUUGAAUGUGCUACUGAAUGCAUUAAAACUAAAUAUAAAUUA